CUUUACCCUUGUCCUCACAACAAUCCCAAUAAAGGAAAAACUCAAAAGUUCACUUCUGAGAGAAAAAGAGAGAGGCCUCAUUUAUUUCAAAUGGCUGCCCUUCUACUUCAUGUAAUCCAUUUGAUUCUACUGCUAACAAAAUCCCAGGCCAUUCUCAAGGAUGAACAAUGGAAGUCAGCAUCUGCAACAUAUACCAAAGAAACAGAUGGAUCCAUCAUCACUGAAGGAGCUUGUGGUUACGGGGACCUUCAUAAGGCCAGCUAUGGGAAGUACAGUGCUGGACUUAGUACAAUGUUGUUCAACAAAGGCAGCACAUGUGGAGCUUGCUUUGAGGUCAGAUGUGUUGACCACAUCUUAUGGUGUCUCCAAGGCAGCCCCUCCGUCAUCCUCACGGCUACUGACUUUUGUCCACCGAAUUAUGGCCUUUCUUCCGAUUACGGUGGUUGGUGUAAUUUCCCCAAGGAACACUUUGAGAUGUCUGAGGCUGCAUUUGCCGAAAUUGCAGAGAAAAGAGCUGAUAAUGUGCCUGUUCAGUAUAAGAGGGUGAAGUGUGAAAGGAGGGGCGGGAUUAGAUUCAGCAUGAGUGGGAGUGCUCACUUCUUUCAGGUGCUGAUUACCAAUGUGGGAUUGGAUGGGGAAGUGGUGGCAGUCAAAGUGAAGGGCUCCAAAACAGGGUGGAUACCAAUGGCCAGGAACUGGGGACAGAACUGGCACUGCAACAUUAAUCUUAUCGGACAGCCACUCUCUUUUGAGGUGACCGCCAGUACCGGCCGGACGGUUGCGUCUUACGGUGUUGCACCGUUGAAUUGGCGGUUCGGUGGAACGUAUGAAGGGAAACAAUUCAAGUAAGGCAAUUAUAUAUACGUAUUGAGAUUUAAUGUAUUGAAAAGAUGGUAAGAGAACCAUUGCUGCUGGUAGUUUACUGUUGUAA